AGAACCUAAGUAUGUAGUAUAGAUCCUGUAUGUAAUGAUAGUAACGUUUCCUGUCAUUAUGAGUGGACUGGAAGACUUACAUUCUUGUCACGUGCACUAAAGAUUAAACAAUUUUAAAUCACAUACUGUUUUCAUAUCUUAGUGUUUUGUUUGAAAUAUGAAAUACAAAAUGGACAAAAGAUCAAUUUGUUAUAGAAAAUUUGACGUUGGUGUAUGGGUGAAAAUUGCAUUGUGUUGCGUUGUUUGGACAUAUCUCAUAGAUCUAGCAUAUUCCGGAUGUGCAACUUCGCUCCCAGAAAGUCAAGUUGCUUAUAUGUGUAUUAACAGUGAAGCGACAGGUCAAACUGUUUAUAUCGAUACAACAAAAGCAAAAGCAACAGAUAAUUCAUCCGGGCCCCUUUGUAUCUGUAAUGCUGUGAUAUCCAAUGCAAAAUUUGUGAAUGUCAGGGUUCAGGAAAAAACUGCAACAUGUGGUUCCAAACUCAAAUUUAAUUUUACAAACAAACAAGUUGAGUCAGAUGAGAACAAGUGCCGGUCAACAAAAGAAUUGGUUCAAAUAGAAAAUCAACAAGAAGUGAGAUUGUCGCUUGAGAAAAUAAAAACACCGUACAGUGUUGAUUUCUGUACAAAAAUACAAAUAGAACUGUGUGCCAAUCCAGAUGAUUACCAGUGCAACACUAAUGCUGAGUGUAUUGCCAAAACAAACAAAUGCGACAAUUUUCCUGAUUGCAUUGAUUCUGACGAUGAAGAUCCAAAGAAAUGUCAAAACGCUAUGUGCUCGGAGGCAUUAAAACCUUGCAAAAAUGGAGCCCAAUGUUAUUCUGAUGCGGAUAGAUGUGAUAAUGUGUCUAAGUGUGAUGACGGUACCGAUGAAGAAGGCUGCUUUCUUGGCCAGGAAGUGUUUGAUACAUCAACGAAAGCACAACGUACGGAUCCUAUAAUAAGCAUCCAAUGUUAUGAAAGUACCAGGUUCUCGACAACAACAACAACCACCACUACCACGACAACCACCACUACUACCACCCCACCAACGACGACAACAACAACUACCACAAUGGCGCCAACAACCACGACAACAACAACACAGUCGACAUCAACAACUCCUACAACAACUCGAGUUACAACAAUGGCUCAAACUACAACCACAAAAACAACAACGAAAACAACACCAACAACAACUUCGACAAGUACUGUAUCUUCAUCCAGUACGGAAGGGGAUGAAACGCUAAGCAGCAUGGAGUUAACGACAACACAUAACUUUAAAGGAACAACAGCCCAUGUAAAUAAUACUCCACACGAAGAAACUAAUAAAGAUGAAGAUAUCUUAACCACACUCAAAAAACCUUAUGUCAUAGCCGGAAUGGUAGUUGGUGCUUUGGUCCUUAUAGCUGUCACAACAUGCCUAGUUUUAGCAGUGAGGCGAAAACAGAAAAAAUCUGAUUCUAAGGACAUAACAAACGAUAUGUGGAUUUCUGGUAAAGAUUCUGGUUCUGGGAAAGAACUUGAACCGCUGAACACGUGAAGCUUACGUGAAUGACAAUUUGUGUUUGUACAGCAGUUUUUGUGAAAUGUUAUCGUUUUUUUUCAACGGUAAUUUGGUGGAGAUUUGUGCUUGAAAGUUUGUGUGCUUUUAUGCUUGACAAUUUAGUAGUUUCGCAGAAUUGACUAAGUAAAUAUUUAGACAAGAGGACCAUGAUUGCCCUGAAACCGCUCACCUGAAUACAAACAAUCUCCAUGACAAGGAACAAGUAAUAUUGUAAACUUACUAUCAACAAAAGCAGAUGUGAAAUCUAAAUCUUAAACUGAUAUCACAAAGUUCAUAUUUGUAUCUGUAAUAGUACAUGUUUAAAAACAUUGCUAAGGGAAAACAACAGUUCAAAAAGAUGUGUACAGAACAGGAAAUUCAAUGACCCCCUGGGGCGGGGUCAAUUUUGACCCCAGGGCUUUUAUUGAUCGACAAUCACUAGAAGAUGUUUCAUGCUAAAUAUCUAAUUGCUAGCUCUUUGGGCUGUUUAAAAGAAGUUUUUUUUAGUUUUUAUUAUAUGCAUAUAGGGAAAAUUAAUGAUCCCCAAUUGCAGGGCCAAUUUUGACCCCAGGGCUUUUGUUUUAAUAAACCACGUAGACCCUCACUAGAAGAUGUUUCAUGUCCAAAAUCUUAGUUCUAUUGAGUUUUUAUAAGAAGUUAGUUUUAUUAUUAUAUACAUAAAAGGACAAAUUUAACCCCGGGGAUUUUAUUUCAACAAACGUGAUAGACACCUAUUCGACGAUGUUUCAUGCUCAAUAUCUAAGCUCUAGCUCUUUGGUAUUUUUACAAGAAGAUUAUUAGUUUUAACUUUAUACAUAUAAAGAAAAUCAAUCACCCUCCCCGGGCAGGACCAGUUUUGGCCCCAGGGUUUUUAUUUGAACGAACUUUGUAGACACUUACUAGAGGGUGUUUCAUGCUAAAUAUCUUACCUCUAGCUCUUUGGGGUUUUUUUUAAAAUGCAUAUAUGGAAAAUCAAUGACCCCCUGGGGCGAAGGCAAUUUUGACCUCAGGACUUUUUUUUGAACAAACUUGGUAGACACUAACUAGAAGAUGUUUCAUGCUUAAUACACUGCUCCUAGCUCUUUGGGGUUUUUAAAAGAAGAUUUCUUUAAGAUUUUACUAUAUACAUUUAAGGAAAAUCAAUGACCCACCGGGCCGGGUCUAUUUUGACCCAGGGCUUUUGUUUGAACUUUGUAGACACUCACUAGAAGAUGUUUCGAGCAAAAUAUCUAGCUCUAUUGGUUUUGUAAAAAAAAAAUUCGUUCAGUUACCAACCAGAGUUCUGCAUGAAAUUAAAUUCUUUAAACAAUUUUCAAUGGUAACCACCAAAGGAACAUUCCUAUGAAGUUUGGGUGAAAUUGGCUUAGUUGUCUAUGAGGAGAAGUCGUUUAAAGUAAAAGUUUACUGACGGACAGACGGACGGGACUCCGGACGAAAAGCGAUCACAAAAGCUCAACUUGUCACUUUGAGACAGGUGAACUAAUAAAGAUGUGUCGUUGGAAGGACGA